AUGACAGUUGACAGUUUUUUGAGAAUUAUUCUAUGAUUUCUUUUCUUUUUUUUUACAGAAUUAUAAAAGACGGGAAUUUUUGUUUAUUGUGAGUGACUUCGGGUGUAAGAAAAAGAUGUACCCAUCAAGAAAUUGAUUAAUUAAGUGAAGUGACUUAACAUAACCCCAAAUUUGCUCUUUCAAUAUUAUUUAAUCUAUUCUUAAAACUAAAUUAUAAUGGCUAAUUCGUGUUCGGAGUUACAAAAAGUCUUAGUUGAUGUGUUGAGUGACCUGAAAUACAUGUCAACGCAAGUUAUAAAAAAAUCGGAUAAAUUAUUGAAUGAAGUUGGGACUCUUAAUCCUAGUUCUGUAGAUCCUAUAACGCAAAAUAUUAAAACUCUCAUCGAGCGGAUAAAUAUAAAUGUAGCCGAAUUUGGCAACACAUUCAAUUCUGCAUUUGAAAAGUACAAGAAAGACGACGAAACGGAGAAUUCUAAAACUGCCUCUAGUCACAACGCACAAGAGAAUCAUUCUGAAAUAAAAGUCCAAAUCCAAGAGACUGACAUAAAUUUAGUAAAUUGUGAUGUUGAAUCAGCUGCACCACAAUUGCCAGGAACUUCAAGAACUGUUAGCAUCCCGACUGAAGAUAUUAAAGACGAUAAAAGUGAUGAUGGAAGUGACACAGAUUGUGAGGAGCCGACACUGCGAAAUUUUGACAUUCCUAUAGCUGAUGGCUCAGUAGAUGAUGUAGCUGGAGAAUUAAAAAAGGCUUUAGACGAAUUGAGUUGCCGAGAUGAAACAAAACAUGAAAUUAGACAUGAUUUUGAAACUGCAAGUUUUGAUUUUGAUGAUACUGAUGAUCAAGUUACAGCUGCGAUCGAAAAAGCCGAAAACAACGAAGGUGAGGCACAAAAAGACAAUCAUGAACUCUUAGAUUUACUGACUAAAGCAGUCCCCGACUCCUUCGAUCCAGAUUUGAUAGCUAUUGGAGAUCAAGCCUUACAAAUUUUAGAAGAGGAGAUAACAUUAUCAAGUUGUCAAGAUUCAUUGUCGGAUGAGUCUUUAUCUGAUGAUGAGAAUUCCGACAAUGAAGCAAAACCUACAAAUUCGGAAAAAAAAGAUGAAAAUAAAGUCGAGGUUUCUUGCGUAACUGAAACUGUUCCCGUAGAAGACUGUCAAAAUUUUUCUUUAAAGUUACGACGUAUUGAUAGCAGUGAUGCAGAAAUAGAUAAAUUAUGUAAUACGGAAACAUUAAAGCAGAAAUGUAAAAAAAUAGUGGCACGAUGUAGAAGAAAGAGGUUCACGCGAAUAAAAGUUUUGGACAGUUCUUCAUCGUCGUCAUCGUCCGAAGAUGAAGAUUCUUCAGAUAAUUCUAAAACGCCUGAUCUCAUUAUGAACGAAGAACGUCCCUCUUCACCCCUCUUGGAUUCUGACGAUGCACUUGCGGCUUUAGCUGAUGGAUUAAUGGAUAAAUUGGAAAAAGAAAAUCAAUCAAGCUCAGAUUCGGACACUACGGAUGCUGAAGAUGGGGAACCGGAAAAGAAGAAAAGAAAAAUAGCAACAGAAAAUGAAGAAAGUGUGAGUGAAAGUAAAAGUGAUUCUGUUACAAAAGAAGAUGCAAACGAAGGGAAGAGCUGGAACGAUCCUUUGCUCUGUAGCUCAGGUUCAGACAGCGAAACUUAUACAAAUGAGAAAGACAAACAGGCGGUUCGGAAACAGAAGAGCUGGAGAAAUGAUCCUCUGCUUUGCAGUUCGAGUUCAGACAGUGAUUCGGAUACAGAGUCAAUAAUAUUCCAAGUGAGAGAUAAUACUGAUGUAAAUGAAAAUGAUGUGGAAGUUAAGGAUAAUAGUGACAAGAGAAAUGUUUCGGAAAUUGAAAAUGUUGAUUCAAACCACGAGAAGAUUAAUGAAAAUCAAAAUGAAAAUGAUAAGAGCAAUUGUGAGACACCAAAUAACAAUUACGAAACUAUGGUUAUAACCGAUUCGUCUGAUUCAAGUUCUGACAAUGACGAUGUUCUUAUUGUUGAGGAUGGAUCUAAAGAAGAGAUUGGUGGAACGAAAGGGCGCAGAAAUAUCAGGGCUAUUUUGAGUGACGAUGAACUUAACGAGUUGACUCAACGAGCCAAAAAUGAAGAAAAUGAGAGAAUUAUGCGACUGAAAGAACAUUCUAAAACGAUCGAGCCGAUCCAAUCCCAACACGAUGACUUCGUAUUAGACUUUGAUGUAAAGAGUGGCGAACCUCUAAUCGUUGUAGACCCAAAACUCGCAAAAAUGUUGAAACCUCAUCAAAGAAGCGGAGUUCAAUUCAUGUGGGAAGCAUGUUACGAAUCUGUUAAUAUUUUAAAAACCAUGCCAGGCAGCGGUUGCAUUCUAGCUCACUGCAUGGGCUUAGGAAAGACCCUUCAAGUCAUUACUUUAAUCCACACCCUCUUUACGCAUCCUGUCACGAAAACAAAACAUGUUCUAGUGGUAUGUCCACUGUCUACUGUGAUCAAUUGGAAGAACGAAUUUAAGAAAGCUUUCAAACAAUUGGAUAAUCCACCGAACAUUUAUCCCUAUUGGAUUAUUAAAGGUGAUAUUAGUGAAAAAAUAAGUGUUAUACGUACGUGGCGCCAAACAGGCGGAGUUUUAAUUCUCGGUUACGACGCUUAUCAAAUCAUAACCAACGAGAAAGCAGCAUCUAGAAUGACGCCUUUAGAAAGGCAACGGGCAAUGGAAGCUCUUGUUGAUCCAGGGCCAGAUUUAAUCAUUUGUGACGAGGGCCACCAAUUAAAAAACGGUAAAACUCUAAAGACCCAAGCUUUGAUGAAAGUAAAAACGAAACGAAGGAUUGUACUCACAGGGACACCAUUACAAAAUAAUCUCAAAGAAUAUUAUUUUAUGGUUCAGUUUGUGAAACCUCAUCUCUUGGGAACUUAUCAAGAGUACAUCAAUAGGUUCGCUAGUCCGAUUGAAAAUGGACAGUUUCACGACUCGACCCCUGGAGAUAUUAAAUUAAUGAAAAAAAGAACACACGUUCUUACUAAAAUGCUCAAAAAGACAAUUCACAGAGUGGAAGCCAGCGUUCUAACAACCUACCUGCCAGAACUCACGGACUAUACGAUAUUCGUAAAAUUAACUCCAUUGCAAAUCGCUCUCUAUACCAAGUACAUAGAUAUGGUGACUAGUAGGGUCUCUAAUCUGAGUGCAGGAUUUUUCCACGACGUUAGAAUGACAAAUUUCUGCAAUCUGCAUCCCUACGCUCUCCACUUACACUACAGCAAACCACCCAUUAAAAGCAAGGGGAAAAUUAUAGGACCGAUUGAAAAUCAUGACUGGUACAAAAAUUUAUUACCUGGAGAUAUUUCAACGAAUAUCAAUUACAGUACCAAAGUCAAACUUAUUUUAGACAUAAUAAAUGAAUGUGUGCGAAGCAAUGAUAAACUUUUGGUGUUUGGACAAUACUUGGUCGAACUUGACCUUCUCGAACAUUUCCUGAAACAACAAAAAAUAAGCAACUGCAGGAACUGGGCAUUAAAUGUAGACUACUUUAGGAUGGAUGGAGACACAUCUGUCGAGAAUCGUGACAUGCUGUGUAAAAAAUUCAAUUCGGAUUCUUCCGCUAAAGUGUUUCUGCUCACCCAUAAAGUGGGUGGUCUGGGCUUAAAUUUGACAGGUGCUAAUCGAGUGAUUCUAAUUGGGUCGAAUCAUAAUCCUUCUCACGAUAGUCAGAGUUUAUACAGGGUGUAUCGAUUUGGUCAAGAAAAGAAAUGUUACGUUUACCGACUUGUUUCACUUGGAACCAUGGAAGAGAAAAUUUAUCACAGAUGCGUAUUGAAAUUGUCUUUGUCUGGUACUGUUGUCGACAAGUUACAUUUCGAUCGUCAUUACAAAGCAAACGAUUUGCAAGAAAUGUACAUACAUGAUUUUUCUAAACACUGCGAUAGACCCAUACCAGCGGUACCAACUGAUAUGUUGAUGGCAAUGCUGUUAAAAAAUAGUUCCGAUAUCUACAGUUACCACUUGCAUAAUGCUUUAUUAGAAAACCGACCUGAGGAAGAACUGACUGAUGAAGAUAAAAAGUUGGCUUGGGACGAAUUUAACAAUUUAGCAGAAGCGGCAAAACAUGUAACAAAUGCACGUACUAAUAUACCCUUACUAAAAAAUCCUAUAACGGACGUUGAAAUUUUCCCUGUAAAUUUAACUUACCCAUAUAACCGUUUUGGACAGUAUUGUGGACCCACCAACAAAAGAACAAAUGCACCCAAUAUGCCAAAUCUAGUACUUAAUCCUAUGAGUACCAUCACAAAGGGUUUUGCACCAAAAAUUCAAGGAACCUCUGCUUCAAAUAAUCCAUUUGUAAAUUUGCUUCUUGGUCACAUUGGACUUGAAAGUGAUGAUUUAAAAAAGAUUAUGAAAGACCGAUAUAAAUUAGCGCUAACACAGUCUAAACCACCCACUAACGGUGAGUUUAAUUACACAUUGAAUAAAAUUGUUUGAUUUUAUUGUACAUUGUCUUAAUUCUUAAUUAAUUUGAAAUGAUUUUUGAUAAUAAAGAUGUAUUAUUUGUU